AUGCAAAACUCAGAUAUAAUAUCCUCUUUGUUUUGGUUUAAAAAUGAGAGUGAAGAAGAAGAUAAAGAUUAUCUGAUACUGGAACAGUUUGUGCACAAUGUUGAAGAUUUUAGUUCCCAGUAUGGCAGUGAAAUCAGUGUUUCAUAUACUGCAUUUAAUCUUCGUGGACCGCCCUCUAAUUUUCCUGACUACGGCGACUAUCCCCAAGCCUUCGUUAUGAGGACCUACGGGACUUGGUGGGAAGAAGCCCCUUCAGCGCAGAAGGAUUAUAUGCCACAAAAUGCUAGUGCAAUCACUAGUCAGGAUUUCGUUGAAGUGUCCUUCGAAAAAGCAGUCUACCCACUGGAGGUGUCGAUCUUCGAGACCUAUAACCCUGGAGCGCUGGUCCGCAUUUGGGCACUGGGUCCUACAGCCUGGAUGUUACUAUGGGAAGGAGAACCGGAGUAUGUGGGAGACACACCGAGGAUAUUCAGCCCUCCGAUAAGGCAAAUCAAUGUUCCAACACGGAUUUUGAGAUUGGAAUUCAACCACAAGCUACUACCUUACUACACUGAGUUGGAUGCGGUACUCCUACGUGGUAGACAGCCAGCGAAUUUAACCAAGCAUUUAAGAAACAACUUCUCCUACUCUUCGCUUUUCUAUAAGCCUGUAGUAGAAAAAGGUCAGCUGCUGAACCGAAUAAUUGCUUCAAACCUUCACGAGAAUAUCGCGCCACAGAUUGUAACGCCAAGGAGUCAGAAGCAAAUUGACACUGGACCACCACUUGGAGACUUCCAGCAGUUACCUGAUGAGACCACACUCUGUGUGAUGAAGUACUUGGACAUCCAGUCACUCUGCCGAUGCGCUCAAGUCAACAGGCAUUUCAACAGACUCGCUUCUGACUGCAUACUGUAUAGGAGCAUAGACCUCAGACCUUAUUGGCAUUGCGUACAAUCUCAGGUGCUGGCAACUCUAUCGAUGCGCUGCAAAUUCCUUCAAAAACUAGAUUUAUCUUGGUGCGGGAGUCAUCGCAUGAUACAGCCCAAUUAUGUAGUAAAUUUCCUGAAAGACAGUGGCGCAGAAUUAACACAUCUUCGUAUGAAUUGCUGCAAAUUCGUUGACAACUCCGUGCUAAGAGCCAUCGUUGACACCUCCACGAGUUUACAAGAGUUAUGCCUCCGAUCAGUAGUUGGCUGUUCAGACUGGAUAUGCCUGUCUGCUUUGAAAAAACUCAAGCGUUUGGAUCUAUACAGAACUGAUAUAACUACUUCAGCUGCCGUAGCCAUCAUCAGAUCCAACCCUGGGUUACGUCAUCUUAAUGUUGGUUCAUGCAAAAUGAUAUCAUCGAUGGACGAAGUGGCGAUAGCAUUAGGCGGUAAUUGCCCGAACUUGGUGUCUGUGGAUUUCUGGAAGUCGUACUCCUUGACUCCUAACGGCAUCAGAGCAUUAGGUAACUGCAAAAUGCUGCAGGAGUUGGAUGUUGGCUGGUGCUUACAAGCAGGCGGUUCUGGAGAGUGGUUAGGCUGGUUAUCAGUCGGCGAGCUUCGAAAACUAUUCCUCGGGGCUCUGCGCGGUGUCUGCGACCGAGACCUUCGCUCCUUAAUACCGAGAGCACCAAAAUUGGCGCAGUUAGAUCUGUUAGGAGUCAGAGCAGUUACCGCUGAUAUUUGCGAUUCGAUCCUAGCUGAAUGCAAAGAUCUAAGGCUGCUGGACGUCAGUUUCUGUGAUCAAAUUCAAGAAGCUCAGGUAGUGGAAUGGCGUGAGCAAUACCCACACGUAAGCAUAAAGCGUUCCUUCCAAUCAGCCAACUUAAACACGGCACCAAACCCACUAUUCUUAGCGCCUAGUUUAGAAUAG